AUGGCGUCCUACUUGAGACGCGUGUGUCUGUUUUCAUUUGAGAUUAAAGCUGUAUUACUGGGAGUAAACAGCAGUAGACCCUUUGUGGAGAGUAAACGGUAUGUGCGCGGACUGCGGAGGAAGCCUGUCAGCGUGUCCUUCCCAGAAGAUGGCACUUAUAAAGUCAAGAGACAAACUGCCCCCAGUCAGAUGACGAUGAAGCUAGAGCAGAUGCCCAGACCCGUAGAGGGCACAAGGAACAAACAAGAAAAGGAUCUCAACCAAAAGAGCGCACAUAUUGCCGAAAAACAAUGUGCAAAACCUGCGCACAAACCGAGUACAGAAGAUGAAGUCGCAGGUCUUCGUUUUGAGCGGGCUUUCCCUGGAGACAAGAGACUCUCGAGGGUAGUGAGUGUGGCUCGUUCCAGGAGAUUCAGAGAGAGUCAGGGGAAGAUCUUGCUGGAGGGCAGGCGGUUGAUCAUCGAUGCCCUUAAUGCUGGAGCAAACCCUCAGAUGGUCUUCUUCAGUUCAACGGAUCGACUUUUGGAGCUCCCCUUGGACAAGUUGAAACGCGCCAGUCUCGUCAAAGUAAAGUUUGGGGACAUCAAACUUUGGUCUGAUCUGGUGGCCCCACAAGGCGUAAUAGCAAUAUUUUCCCGUCCAGAUGCAUCAAAAUUAAAUUACAACAACAGUAAUGAUUCAAUACCAUUGUCUGUGAUAUGUGAUAAUAUUCGUGACCCUGGGAAUCUUGGGACUAUAUUACGAUGUGCUGUUGCGGCUGGUUGUCGCAGUGUCCUCCUUACUAAAGGUUGCGUUGAUGCCUGGGAACCUAAAGUAUUACGUGCUGCAAUGGGCGCCCAUUUUCGCCUUCCUAUUUACACCAACCUGGAGUGGGGGGAGAUAAUAAAUCAUCUGCCUGAAUCUGUGUCUGUGCAUGUGGCAGACAACAGUGGGACCAGAUUGAUGGAAAGUGCAGAACAAGACUUUGAUGAACCGACAAGAUCCCAGAAAGCAGGAGAAUAUGGCUGGGUCAGAACACAGUCCCACCUCAAACAAGUGGACUAUGAGGUCUCUGGUUCGGACAGUGAAGAUGAGCAUUAUCCCAGACUGGACACAAAACUGUACCAUGAACACUGGGCUCGGACCUCCACUGCUCUGGUCAUCGGAGGAGAAACUCAUGGCCUCAGUGUGGAAUCGUUGAAGCUCGCAGAAAAGACGGCUGGCCAUAGGCUCUUUAUUCCUGUGGUUCCUGAGGUGGACAGUUUAAAUUCAGCCAUGGCAGCCAGUAUUCUUCUGUUUGAGGGUAGAAAACAACUUAUGCAGCUACGUCAGUCAAAGUCCCAGAAUGUCAAGAGACCGCAAAAAAUGUUGAUUGAAUAA